GUUAUCACCAGUAAACCGCCAUCUGGUCCAUUAGCGGUAAGGGCUACAAGUCCAUCUCAGCAGCAACAGCAGCAGCAGCAGCAACAACAACAACAACAACAGCAGCAGCAGCAGCAGCAGCAGCAACAAUCACAACAACCACCACCACCACCACCACCACCAUCACAGACUAAUAGUUCGACAAUGCAACAAUCUCCACCGGAACCCACGGUCGAUAAAAUAACUACUGCUUUUAAGAAGUCUACUUUAAAUCCAAAUGCUAAAGAAUUUAAUCCAAAUGCCAAACCAUUUACGCCGCGUUCACCUAGCACACCAACGCCUAGUCGGCCACAUACACCACAGACCCCACAAUACACGGGGGCAACUAUGCCCGCGACCGUUGUUAUGCCGGCAUACGUAACGCCUACAGCGUUCAGUCAACCACCUGCUCAACAAGUGGCAAGGUUCCGAAAGGUGCCGAUGAUGCAGCACCGUGCGCCAGAUAUAGCUUCUCAGAUGCAAGUGGCUGCAGCAACAGGGCAGCCAUUAUUAGCGCCAGCUCUACAUCCAUUCCAGGUGCCUUAUCCAGGACAGCCGACAUACCAACAAAUGGUACGGAUGGUCCAGGCACCGCCUCCACCGCACAUGGCCACCCCGUAUCAUCAUCAUCAUGAUUCACAAGGACCGCAAGCCCCUGGUAUACAAUAUAUGGGCCCACACCCACAUCCUCACGUAGCUCAACAGCCACCUAGCCAAACUCCAUCCCCAGCUAAUCCAAAUCAACCACAUACACCGGGCGCUUAUAAUCCACCGGGUACUCCACAACCUACAUAUCCGCAACCUCCACCGCAAGGUCACGCCCCGAGUUAUCCGAUUAUGUGCCCUAUAAUUCCAUCCCAUAUACCGUCAAUUCCACCACAACAUAUGCAAUACCUGCCACCACAGCCGCCUCCAGGUGCGCAACAAACCAUACCCGUUAUUUUACCGCACAAUCAGUAGCCGUGACAUAAAAUAAAUGAAGAAAAGGAAGAUCGCUAGUAUUCUGAAAAGAUAGAAUAAGAUAUUCGAAAUUGAGUUACUUUCAUGAUGGCAUAUCGAUUACUGGCAGAACCGUUCGUUUCAAUUAUACGCUCCUGAUUUAGUCGAUCGAUCGUUAAUCAUGUUGGUUAAGCGAUAAUCGUCAAUCAUUUAUGUUGACGAGCAGUUGGAAAUUAUUUCGCGUACAGUUUUAUUGCGAUGUGAGUAAAAACAAAGGGUGUUCUUUUCAGUCAGAUAAUCGAUGUAACGCAACGGAGCAAUGGUAUUCCGAAUGUACUUUAAACGACUCGAGAGUGUUAGACCAUCUUGAAAGUAACUUGUUAUUCAAAUAUAGGUCGAUCGUCGAGUGACCUAUGCCUGUAUUAUCGAGUCCUUAAAAAAUUUCGUUGAUUAUUUUAAUCAAGUUUUAUUUUAAUCAAGUUUAAAACUCUGAAAUGAUAGUUUAUCAUUACGUAACUUUGCAAAAUUACAAUUGGUUCACUUUUAUCGGAUUAGUACGUGUGUCGAACAUAGAGAAAAAUUCAACGACUUUUUUGAUCGUGCAUUUUUAUCGAGUAGUGCUCAAUGUAUCGGAAAAUAUGGGGGACCGCUCAUUAAAGACAUUUUAAAUUCACAAAUUUCAAUCCUCUAAUACAAACACAGCUUGCACUACUUUGCCAAGUAACAGCCAAAA